GAAAUGCCUAAUUGAAUGCCUUCAAUCAAAGUAUGACGAUCACUUAAAGUGAUCAACGAUUUAUAUAUUUACACAUUUAAUUCGCGCCUUGUAACACAUUUUCCCUCAUAGAGUAACAACAUUGUCGUUAGGUGACGUCUCCUCAUUACCGUUGAAGUAUUUCGCAGGUAAAUUUGACGCCCGAGUUCUAUUCCAGCUCACGGUCAACACAAGUGGACCGUUGCUGGGCCUCCCCUAGGUCGACUCAGCCUCAAAUGUGUACUGCGGUGACGUACGGUUAUCAGUAUGGAGGCAGACGCACCCGUCAUUGUCAGCUCCUCCCUGAAGGAGCACGAACUCAUCCAGAAGUUAGCGGAGUGCAAGAUGAAGGUGCGCUACUCUGAUUCCGUUGGACCAGGCAUCGUUAUUUUGCCACGUUCAGGUGUGGCCUUUAAGCUUGUCACGGUGGAGGAAAUGUCUGAGGGAAUGAAGAGCCCCGUCCUGCUCGAGAUUGAAAAGUUCUCAUCGGUGCAUCGCAACAGCUUUCUCUUACUCAUCGCCAGCUUCCACGGACAGAAGGAAAUGCAGAGUAUGCACCACCUGCAGCUGAGAUUCUUAACGACGAAUCUGAAAAUCAUGCCAGUGCACAACAUUAAGGAAGUGAUGUCAGUCAUGUCCACCAUCACGCAGAUGAUGAGCAAACCCGUGGCUGAUAUCAUGAAGCAGAAGAUGGCCAUGGUUUCCGCCAUGGUCGUGAGCAAGAGCCCCGUUUGGCAUCUUCUGCAGCACAUAGACAUCCCAGCUGAGAGUUCACCCCCUGGCCCCACCACAAGCUCGUUGAUGAACAGGGAUGACUAGGGGAACAGAUUGAUGCGUGAAACCCAGAGGUCGCAAACGGGUUUUGAUUCCGUACCCAUACCCGGCCGCACCAGGGUCGCAAAUGGGCCGGGUACGGGUACCCGUUCCCUACCCGUACCCUUACCCUACCCGAAAUGAGUGACAAACGGUUACUCACCAGUGACUCACGGCCUACCCGUACCCGUACCCGGCCGCACCGGGUAUCGGGUAGGGUACGGGUAUCGGGUACCCGGUUGCGACUUCUGGUGAAACCCCCAUUGUUGGUUUUGUCUCACGUAGUGGCUGUCACAUCGACAGACCUGUGUUGCAAUAUGGGGAAGCCAAGUGCCUUAAAACGUUCGACAUCAAUUCCUGCAUUCGUUGUUAUUUCACUCAAGGACCAUUGUUUCUUGUUUCACAACUGGAAGUGUAUUUUAUUGAGUGGCCAUGUUUCAUACGUUACAUCUUUAGCUAUAGCAUGAAUGUGCAUGGAUCCAUUGUUUUUUUUUACUAAAAAAUAAUUUUUUUGUAACUGCUUGAUGAAUGCCUCACUCCUGUGACACUGCAGUUUUGCUUGAUUAAUGGUAAUUUAUGUUUGUAAUAUUUUCGCUUCCUCGUUUGAUGCAGUGUUUUGGUUUGAUUUUAUUGUUGUUGUUUCCGAUUGCUUUACUUAAUUGCUGUGCAAUUUUUUUUUCUUUUGUCAUUUUCUUGGCUCAGCGAAUUUAUUAUUGAACGUUGAGUUAUGUCGUGAAAUAUUUUCGAUUUCCCACGUGACACCGUUGUUUUUUUGCUCUGAUUUAUAUUCGCUUCAUCGCUGAACCUCGCGCUAUUUGUUUUGCUUUUGAUAGUUUGGGUACCCAGGUCAUUCUUGCAAAUGAGACUCGUCCUUGGUCUCUUCCUGUUAAACAAAAUAAACUUGGA